UACGGUCCUUUUACCUGAAGCCAGGCAGUUGUCUUGGUUCUUUGGUCGUAGCUGGACGUACGCAUUCGAGGUUCCCUGUGGCCUUACUCCAAUUGUGCAACCUAUUCGUAAAUAAACCAACCCGUCAAACCGAAACAAUCUCGAAAGACUAUUUACAUUUUGGUGACUAGUUUUUUGGUUUUUGGUUUGUUUUUGUUUUUUUGUGCUCCGGGAUAAUAGAGAACUUGUUGCCUACAUUGUACAUCUAAAACACGUUGGUCACCGACAUCGCAAAGGGACGUGAUUGGACUAUUAUUCAUAAGCACAUCUUGCGCACAACGAAAUAGUGCGGUUUGACGAUCGGCGCUUUAGUUGCAUUGACAACUGCAACCUUUGAAUGGCCGAGCGUGUCAAGAAUUUUCGCACAACGCCAGCCGUGUCGACUAGUGUCGUUAGUGAUUGGCAUCGGAUUCAUCAUCGAUAAAUUCGUAAUGAACCGUGUUCAACUUUGAGUCGUCAGUGCAAUUACUAAGAGGAAACGAAUACAGGGAAAAGGGGAAGAGAGAAGGAGACAGCAAAGGACGGCAGCAGAAAAUUCCUAGAAGAAAUAUCACGCAUGCUGUAGAAGCCGGAAGAGAGAAUAGGACAAAUCGGGAAAAGAAAUCGAAGAAGAACGGCGAAAGUAAAAAAGAACUGAAAAGGACAAUGGCAUCAGGCGCUUCUAUCGGCCAGCUUCUCGUCGUCCUAUCCAUUCAGACCAUUAUCUGUCACGGUGCUGAGCUGGCAUUGGCAGGCAACGUACCGACUGUAUUAGAAGAUCUAUCAGGUCUUGCCGGCCAGGAAGUCUCGGUACCGUGCAGUGUGGACGUGGCCACCUGCGGAGAUUUCCACAGCGUCAAAUGGUACCGCGAAUCGCAACGAGUCUUUGUCUACAGUGAACUGGCUAAUCUAGAACGGUCGGAAGGAUCAUUGACCAACAGAGCUCGGUUCGUCCUGUCGUCGAAUGAAACCCAAGCCGGGUUGAAGAUCAGCAGCUUGCAGUUGUCCGACGAAGGUCUUUAUCGAUGCGAGAUCACCUAUUUGGAGAUCAACGAAGGCUGUCCUGUCGUUCAAUAUGUUAACCUCACCGUUCUCGCGGCCCCUGAUUACGUCGAGAUUUUGCUGGAGGACGGGAAAACGUCAGCAGCAAUUAGAAAUGUAUCACGCAUCGGCCCGUUCAACGAAGGUACAAUCGUCACCUUAUUAUGCCGAUCUGGAGGCGGCAGACCCGUACCUCGCAUAGAAUGGUGGAACGGAUCACACAUCAUGGAAGCAGAUGAAGUGGUGGCCACGCAGGAAGACAAUGGCGCAGUGACUGGUAUCAAUCGGCUUCAGAUAGCCCUAUCGCGUCAAGACCUGGAUGCACAGUGGCAGUGUCGUGUCCGUAGUCCAGCCCUAAGUUCACCGUUGGUGGCCAAUUUGCGCAUCGAUGUACAUGUGAAACCCACCAACGUGACACUCACCGGACUGGAUACGGCAGUGACGGAAGGAACUGCCGUUGUCGUUUAUUGCGUGGCCGAUGGCGCACGGCCAGCUGCUGCCAUCACCUGGUACAACGAUUCAUCGCCACUGCAGAAGAGCGCCGUUGAGACAACGCAACUACAGCCGGAAGACGAAGCGGAAGUCGAAGAGCAAUCGGACGGCACUUUCAGCACGCGGAGCCGACUCAUUUUCACGCUUAAUCGACACGACCAUCGACGUUAUAUCACGUGUCGUGCCGGUAACACGGUCACUGACGAUUUACAGCAUAAACCAGUCCAAGCGUCACAGCUCCUCAGAGUUGAAUAUGCCCCUACGGUAGCCGUUUCUCCGGAAAACGUCACCGUCAACGAAACGAUGGACGUGCUCAUUUUUUGCACUUACGACGCCAAUCCGGUCACCUUGACGUCUGUCCAGUGGUUUAAAGAUGAUGUCGAGAUCAUUAUCAACGGUCCCCACAAAUACGAAGGUGCCACCAUCGACCAACCGGCUCUUCUCCUCAAAAAGGCAACAAGAGAUGACGCUGGGGCUUAUUCCUGUCGCCUUACCAAUGCCGUUGGCACUGGCCACUCCGAAAAUGUUGCCUUCAUUUCCGUUCAAUAUCCAGCGGAAGUGCGUUUGGUCAUGGAACCCGAGCUGCCAGUCAACGAACUGGAACGUCCCAAUAUCACCCUCAAUUGCCAGGUGAGCAGCGGUUACCCACCCGUGCUCUUGGGAGUCCGCUGGUAUUUAGAUGGCGAGCUCCUCAAAGAGUUGCCUGAUUGUCCGCUCAAUGAAACCAUUACCUCAUUUUCGAUGUACGACGAAGAUUUGUGUGACGUAGACCCCAGCAAAUUACUUCUCGAAUACGUUGGUCGCUCAUUCCAAGGGAAUUACUCUUGCGAAGGCAUGAACGCCGCCGGAUGGGGACCACCUUCCGAAGUCGAAACUCUUGUCAUUUACUAUCCACCGGGCAAUACCACACUGACCUACGAGCCGGACGUGGUAGUGAAAGAUGGUCCUCUGACUUUGACUUGUGGGGUUUCGGAUGUCGGCCAGCCUGCUGUUACACAAUACAGAUGGACACGCAAUGGCCACGUCAUUCCAGAGAUUAGUGAUGCUCAAUGGAAUGUCAGCCAAGUGACGCUUAACUAUCAAGCUAACUACUCGUGUACGCCAGUCAAUGAGGCCGGUGAAGGCGAAACGGCUACCAUUGAAAUUGAGGUCUUCGCUGAACCUACUUUCAUUGAACGACUGCCGCUGACUUCCGGUGCUCUCUCUGACGCCGCCGACGCCACCAAAUUAUCAUGUCGUGCUGAGUGUUAUCCGCUCUGUCAGAUCGAUUGGUUCCGCAACGGAAUACCCAUCAGAGAAUCACCCAUGUAUACGGUUGUUGAUAGUUUUGUGCCAGAAAACAUCAAGUUUAAUCAACACCAAUCGGUCAAAUCAAGUUUGUCUUUCAACAUGCGUAUGUGGAGCCAGGCAAAGUUAGAUCCGAUUGCCGACACGGCGAAUUAUACUUGCAUUACGACAGACAACGUGGUCGGUGAUGGUGUCUCGAGCACGACCUUCUUCACGGUUGAAUAUGCACCCACCACUGCGAUUAUUGAUAACCCUACAAUCGAAGUGGAGGAAGGUUCGAUCGUGGGCCAGUUGGAGUGUUCAGCUUCUUCCUAUCCGUUAGCCAAUUACUACUGGCAACACAACCAUCAGAUCAUAGGCAACGGACCACGUCUUACACUCGACUACGGACUUAGCCGUGACAAGACGGGCGAAUACUCUUGCAUAGCUCAUAAUCAGCACGGCAAUACCAGCGCUAAGGCCUUCAUCAAUGUCGUUUUUAAACCCGAGUGUUCCAUCACUCUGCGUGAGAUGGAAGGGAAAACGCGGUUAAUUUGCGAAGUCCACGCCAAUCCUAAGCUGGUCGACUUCAUGUGGAUGCUGAACAAUGCCACGUUGACUACUGACAUUGUGCACAUGGGUUUGCAAAGUGUUCUGACAAUCGACGGACCGGCUCCCACCAGCGGAAUUUACUAUUGCCAUGCCAACAACUCGGUCGGAUUCGGGACGCCCUGCGAGAUUAGCGUUGAAGGUGGGUUGUUGGCGAAGCUGGGUGACGAGAACAUCAUUAUAAUCGCCAUUAUAGCUGCCGCCAUAGUCGUCAUCCUCGUCGUCUGUAUUGUGUUACUCGUCAUUUGCCGAAGGCAGCGAACUGAUGAUAAAUAUAACCCUGCCGCUACCAUGGAACAACGUGAAAAUCCGGAGGGAGGAUCCCUUAUGACUCUACAAUCAGGAACAACAAUCCAACAAGUUCAUCAACAUAAAUGGCCACUACGACCCGGUGUCCAGGUGCACGUCAAUGAUACAAACAGCCUUACAUUGGCCGCUUCCGGCUCUGUCCUUCUUUCGCCUGUUGACCAAACACAAGACGAAGCGCCAAAUUCCAAUUCGAAACGACCGCGUUCCGAUUCCUCUGGUUCGCAAGCAGACCAAUUUGAAGCGGACAAAGCAGUUGAUCGCCAAGUGGUAGAGUCCAACAUUCCAUAUUACGAGACGCUGCGGGCAAAAACACAUUUGGGUGGAAACCGCGAUUCAGUAGGCGAGUCCCAGGCAACGGAUUCCGGCAGUGAGAGUACUCGUUCUGUCAUCUGUAUCAAAGGACCUUGUCGUCCUAAAACUCUAAUCCCCGUCACAUCUCAUCAUCUGAGUAACACUGAAGCAUGUCGGGAGAAUUCAGCAGUCUCCAAGUCAGAGAGCGGGACCUCUACUAGAAAGAGGAAAAAGCCGGAAGCCAAUUCACUAUCUUCGUCCAUUACAGCUGUUUCAGCAACGGGACCCUCUACCAAAAACGGCAAUGACAAUCUCUCAGAAAAUAGUAAAGCUUUCUACGAGAACCUCCCCUUCCACGGGCUUCAAACCGCCCCAAAUAAGGACUUUGUCAGCCGCCCUUCCAGUCAAAUGAGUCAUACUCCUUCUUCCGGUUAUGGAUCGGCACGGAGCACUAAUCGAACCAUGUCCGAAGCCAUAAACACCAAAGACAACCAAACGGCGGCUACUGUCCCUGAUCAGCUGGGACGUAGUCGUAACUGUCAUCUAAACUCGCUUCGGAAACCUAAAGUAGCUGAUGUUAGCUCCCGUUUUCGUUCUCUCCGGGUGCCGCGUGCCGGUCCGCCCCCUACGUCUGUUGGAUAUGACUCGGCUGAUUUUGCAUGCCAAACACCCAAGCCUGUGGGAACUGUUUCCCAACCACUCGAAAUGGUCGCGACCCACGAACAAAAUUGGCAACCGGAGCAUGAUCAGCAACUAUCCAUUCCCGUGCCUGCCCCCCGCUUUCACACGCUUAAACGUCACCCAUACCAGAACAUUCCCAUUCCGUUGAAGAAUGUGCAGAUACAAAAUCAAGAGCACCAUGAUAAUUCAGAUCAGUUCAUGCAGAUGAACCCGUUGAUGAGCUCAACCAAGAGCACAAGCAUGAAUGAUCCACAGCUGCAACAACGAGCCUGGACACCUCGGUCGCUGGCUCCCGUUCAUACCUCGGCAUACGAUCCUCCUAAACAGCAAGCUCAGUCACAUCAUGCUCCAUCGUCCCGUUUUCCCGCUAACACUAACCACGCAUCCUACAAGCAAGCCGGUAGCACUGUUUACGCCGACUUGUCUAUUUCUUGUACUGCCGAAUUGAAACCCCACCAGAAUGAAAUAUCUCCAACGGAAUACGCAGUACUGCAGUUUAUGAAUGGAGGCCAAGAAGUCCAGGUUUAAACAAGAUGUGAGCCCUUCAAGCCGAUCCUGUCCGAUCUAGUCUAUGCCGACAUCGAUGACAAAGAUUAUGGACCAACCUACUAUAAAAAGGCUAGUAUCCUCCAAGCGUCGGAAAAAAAGACUCAGGCGCAAGGACUGCCAGUUCGACC